ACUCAGUUCACUAGAAGUGAACAAGGAAGUGACUAAAGUGAAAGUGAAAAGCAGUUAGCUCCCAUCGAGCAGAAACCCUUCUUUUUAUAAUAAAUACUGAACUUAUAUGUAACUGCAGGAUAUACACUGACUGUGAAAGGAAUAUAAAUGCAGACCAUUCUCACUCCCUGAAAAGAGGCAAGUAAAAUAAAGACUGAAGCAAUCAGGAUAAACUGUCUUUCAGGAAUUAUGUUUUUGUGUGUGACUCUCCUGAUUCUCUUCAGCUUUAUGGAAUCUCAAUCAGAGCGAUUUCAGGUGGUUGGUCCAGAAGCUCCUCUUGUUGCUGUAGCUGGUGAAGAUUUGGUUCUACCCUGUUUUAUCAAAACCAACACCAGCGCUGUGGACAUGACAGUGGAGUGGUUCAGAUUAGAUGUAAAGGACUCAUUAGUGCAUCUCUAUAGGGAUCAUGAAGACAGAAAUGCAAAGCAGGCUCAGUCCUACAGAAGAAGAACAUCACUGUUUAAAGAGGAGCUACAGAAAGGCAACACUUCACUCAAACUCUCAGCUCUCCGAGUCUCUGAUGAAGGAGCUUACAAGUGUCUUGUUGAGGACAAAUCCUGGUCCGAUGACAUCACUGUGAACGUCAUUGUCGAGGCUCAAGGAAGCCACCUGGUGAUCAUGAUGGAGAGUUAUGAUAACUCAGGAGGGAUUAAUCUAGUGUGUGAGUCCAGAGGUUGGAACCCUGAACCUGAUGUUCUGUGGCUGGACAGAGAAGGAGCCACUCUGCCUGCUGAAGAAACACAGAUACACAGAGACACUGAGGGCUUCAGUGUGAAACGCCGCAUCACUGUUUAUGAUUAUAGCAACUCCAACAGGUUUUACUGCAGAUUUCUACAAAAACAUCACAUAAUGGAGGCAGAAGUUAUCAUUAAUAGUAAAGUUUUCGAUGCUUGGAAGUGGAUUGUUGGCAUUUCAGUUUCAGCAUGUCUUAUCGCUGUUGGAUUGAUAGUAACUGCAAUUAUUUGUCACAAGAAAGAGAUGCAGAAACAGUACACAGAGAAGCAGAUGCAGAGGCUGGAAGCCGAGAUGCAGAAAGAGAAGGAGUACACAGAACUGCAGAGACAGAGCGUGGAAUAUGAGUUAGUAAAGAAGAAGCAGUAUGCAGUGGAUGUGACUCUGGAUCCUGAUACAGCAAAUCCAUAUCUCAUCCUGUCUGCUGAUGGAAAACAAGUGACAGAUGGAGACACACGGCAGGAUCUCCCUGAUACACCACAGAGGUUUACUUCUUAUUACAGUGUUGUGGGAAAGCAGAGUUUCUCCUCAGGGAGAUUUUAUUAUGAGGUGCAGGUCAGAGGGAAAACUAAGUGGACAUUAGGAGUCGUGAGAGAGAACAUUAACAGGAAGAGGUGGAUUACACUGAGACCUCAGACUGGAUUCUGGACUGUGGCUCUGUGGGGUGAGAAUCAGUAUAAGGCUUGUGCUGGUCCUGACGUCCCCCUCACACUGAGAGAGAAGGUGGAGAAGGUGGGGGUGUUUGUGGAUUAUGAGGAGGGUCUGGUCUCCUUUUAUGAUGUGGAGUCCAGCUCUCAUAUCUACUCUUUCACUGCUCAGUCUUUCACUAAGAAGAAACUCUAUCCAUACUUCAGUCCUUGGUACAAUGAAGGAGGUAAAAAUUCAGCACCACUGAUCAUCUCUCCUGUAUUUAACACUGAAUGAAUUUUCACCUCACAGAUUUAAUUAUCUAUUAAAUGGUGAGAAUAAAAAGAAAUAUUUUACUUUUUUGGUGAAUUUUAGAAAUACAUAUUCCCUUUUAAAGUGCUGUACAGUUUAUUUUAAUCCUACAGUCUGUUUUUACACAUUAUGAUUGUGGAACUUUGUCAUUACAAAUCAAAUAUUAAUAAAGAUCAUUUACAGUUCACACUGAGUUUUACUGCAGAAUUGAAUCUGAUCAAUAAAAUGGAUUAAGUUCAGCUGCUGAUGUCUGUGUAGAUACAACCGAACAAAACUGUUUCUCCUUCAACCUCCAUCAAACACAAAUACAAUCAAAUUCAGCUUUUAUUUAGAAAUAAAAUGUCAGGGUUAUUC